GGUUCCCAGGCGUGCGCGUGGCGAGGGCGGUGCCUGAGGGCAGAGGCGUCCCCGGAGGGCGGCGGGGACAGACCCAGCGCUCCGGCUCCUUGGCCCCGCCCCGCCCCUGCCGCCGGCUGCUAUAAGACCGCAGAGCCUGAGCGGGCGAGGGGGAGGGCGCGGACCGUGCAGAGAGCGGCGCAGUGGGAGCGCAGCGACAAGGGACUGGCCGGGCGGGAGUGCGCGGGACAGCGAGCCCCGGAGUAGCCCCGGCCGCCACCUCUCAAGACCCAAGGCCUCGCGCGCCGGGCACCGCUGAGCCGCCUUAUGAAGCCGCCUGCGGCGCAGGGCAGCUCCGCUGCCUCCGCGGCUGCAGCCCCGGCCUUGGACUCUGCGGCCGCGGAGGACCUGUCGGACGCGCUGUGCGAGUUUGAUGCAGUGCUGGCGGACUUCGCGUCGCCCUUCCACGAGCGCCACUUCCACUAUGAGGAGCACCUGGAGCGCAUGAAGCGGCGCAGUAGCGCCAGCGUCAGCGACAGCAGCGGCUUCAGCGACUCGGAGAGUGCAGAUUCACUUUACAGGAACAGCUUCAGCUUCAGUGAUGAAAAACUGAAUUCUCCAACGGACUCUACCCCAGCUCUUCUCUCUCCCACUGUCACUCCUCAGAAAGCCAAAUUAGGAGACACGAAAGAGUUAGAAGACUUUAUUGCUGAUCUUGACAGAACAUUAGCAAGUAUGUGAAAUAAGAAGUAGUUUUGGGUCCUUUCAUCAUAAGGGAGAAGCUUCAGAAAGCCCCCAGGACCUGCUAAAAUCACCUACUAGAAUCUGCUGCCAGAGAGGACAGAGACGUGCGCUCAGCCUUCCAUCAGGUCACUCUCAGGCUCACCUUAAAAUCAGCCCUUCAUCCCAUCUUUGGGCAAUUUAGACAGUGAAGCUGACUUUGUUUACCUGCUUGCAGUGUAUUAGAACAGAUGAUCCAUGCUAAUAUUGUAUUUUCUUUUAAAACAUAGCUUUCCUGUAAUUUAAAGUGCUUUUAUGAAAAUAUUUGUAAUUAAUUAUGUAUAGUUGGAAAUAGCAGUAAGCUUUCCCAUUAUAAUAUAUUUUUGUAUACAAAUAAAAUUUGAACUG